AAAUUUUUCGAUUUUAUUUUAUUUUCAUUUAUUUUUUCCAAAUUUCGCAUUCCGAUCUACGUCGUUUUCCCAAAAGAAAUGCUCAUCACAGAAGAAUUUCACAAAAUUGCCCUGGAAAAACAUCGACGCCGUUUGCGUGAGGCCAAAGCCAUUGUGGACCACAAACCACCCAUUCUGCAUGUUGGCAACUUUUCCAGAUUUUCCAAACUCAAGGACGAUGUUAUGACAUUUGUGGAGCGGAAUAAAACCAAUGCCGAGCUAUUGGUCCACCUGAAUGAGAUUUUUCGUACGAGAGGGGCCACCGAUUCAUUUCGCACCACGGAAACGGCUUUGGCGGCCAGCAAUCUGCCCAUAAGACUGAGGGAGCUGCAUAAAAUUGAAAUGGAAAACAUGGAAAUGGGCAAGAGGAUUCUAUGUACGCAGGGGGAGUUGGACACGUGGCAGGAUCCUACGAAGUUAAGGAAGCCAAAGAAAAGGAGGCCCGCGAAAUUUCUUGUGCCCCAUGGGAUUCUGAAGAAAUAUUCCCAGCUAAAAUUACCAGAGGACCAUAAGAAACUGAAACUGGUCCUAAGACCCAUGGUGUGGUUGGAACUGGAAGUGAAGAACAUACGACCACUUGGACGCAUUGCCGUGCAGUUGUACACCGAAGCUGCUCCUGGGGUGGUUUUGGAAUUUAUAAAACUCUGCCGCGAGGAGAAAAAUCAAAAAUUGGAAUUUGUGCGCCUUUUCCCCAGCCUGUGGUUGGAGGGUACUUUAAGGCUGUCAGAUAAGUCAUUGGUCUCGAAGCCUCUGGAAUAUGACAAAAGGGCCCUGGAUCAUGGGAAAUAUGCUGGGAUCCUUUCGCUUUCGUUGGAUCAUUUGAAAUAUCACAAGAAGGGUUUGUUCUAUUUUGCCAUUAGCUUUAAGCCAUUGGGAGUGCUAAAUGGCAAACGUGUUGGAUUUGGCCGUGUCGUGGAGGGUCUGAAGUCAUUGAAGUCCAUCGAGGUCUAUGGUACGAAAAAUGGCAAACUUACCAAGGAAAUUGUGGUCUCCAAGUGUGUGGUUGAUGUUAAAUAAAAGAGGUUGGUGAAGAAAGCAAUGUCUUUGCAUCAAUCAAAUCUCGAAGAGUA